CCAACUGGUCUCCACGUCAAGGUACUGUCGCAGCUAUUUUGGAGCUACUCCUCGAAUACCGCCUCGUACAAGUCCGCGGGACACCGGCUAGUGGGAAAUCUACGCUCCUGGCCUUGCUACGGGCCCAUAUCGUGCAGGUUGAUAAAAAAGCCAACGUUUUCGUUUACAAAAACUGGCCUCAAAACGAGUUGGAAUCCGAUGAAUAUCGUGUCGAAACUAGGCUGCCCGAAUACCCAGGAUUUGAUGACAACAAGCAAUUCUUGCUUUUUGACGAAGGGCAGCAGAGCUAUUGGGACACCAGGCUGUGGAAAUUUUUCAAAGACGAAGUUCAAAGGCGUGAAGCCCCCAUCUACGCCAUCAUCUUUUGCAGUUAUGGCAACGAGAAUUUAAGCGAUCGCAGGAUCCUUACGCCAGUCGGGUUUGACGCGAAAGUGACUCUCGAGCGUGUUCAAAUCGGAGACUCCAAAUCAUAUGGACUGCUAUUACACGAAAAAGAAUUCGACGAGGUCCUCGAGCGUCAAAAACCAAAGUUAUAUGUCGCAAGUGAUCUACGUGAUUUCAUAUAUAAAUUCACACGAGGUCAUGUUGGGCACACUUUGGCCGUAGUAGAUUUUCUGGUGAAAAAGCGAGAGGGGUUCAUGUUGAGUGGUCAUGAAUAUGAUGUGGACAGUUUCCACCAAGAUAAUCCAUCCUACGACGAGUUCAACCACCACCUAGUAAAGCAUUCUGUGAUCCACCAUGGAUUCCCUUACGAUCCGGAACCAUACAUUCUGGCAAUGAAGGAGCUCCUCCUUCACGGCGAGAUCGUGUUCAACGACCACAGUUUUAAUCAAGAUACUCUCUUGAAGCUCAAAGAAGCUCAUGAGAAUGGGUUCGUUGAAUUAAAUGAGGACAAACGGUAUACUUUUCCUUCACCACUCAUCCGCCAGGUAUGGUCAUGGCAUCUACUACCGUCACCCAACUAUCAACUCCCCUACACGGAUUUAUUCUCGCUUGUGAAAGCUACAGUUGCUCACUUCAGACCUUCACAACUGACCGGAUCGGACCGCCGCAUAGGUGCCUCUGACCAUCGACCACCCAAAGCCCAGUACCAAGACGAGUAUUACCGUUGCGUUCACGAGAUAACCAAUGGAAACGUUAGAAUUUCUCCUGAAUAUGCUGCAGCUACCGGAACUCGGGCUG